CAACUGUUAUCUUUUUGUGUUAUCUUUGAAAUGAGCUCUCAUAUGACAUCACGAGUCUAAAGUAGGUUGAUUACAAACAAUGAACAUCUAUAUAACAAUACUUCGUCUAUCGUUUUAACAAUCACUUGUUGGAUAGCAUUCAAGAAUCUUUAAAGAUGCUGAAACUUGCAAUCUGUCUCGGUCUUCUGACCGUUGUGUCUUGCAUUUCACUGGACGCCGAGUGGACACGGUUCAAGGUGGCCUAUAACAAGAUUUACAGGGAUCCAAAAGAGGAAAUGAUGAGACGCAAAGUCUGGGAGGGUCAUUUGGCGUACAUUCAAAAACACAACGAGGCCUACGACAGAGGAGACUACAGUUUUUAUCUUGGCGAGAAUAACUAUGCAGAUAUGACCAAUGAAGAGUUCGUAAAGACCAUGAACGGAUACCGCAUGCGCAGUGCAGCUCCCAGAAGUCACCUCGUCCAUGUGGCUGGUGACAUCAGAGAUCUCCCAGCAGAAGUGGACUGGCGAACCAAGGGCUACGUGACUGACGUGAAAAAUCAGGGUCAGUGCGGGUCAUGUUGGGCUUUUUCAAGCACUGGAGCCUUGGAAGGUCAGCAUUUUAAGAAAACUGGGAUAUUGGUUUCCCUAUCGGAACAAAACCUCGUGGAUUGCUCCCAGAAACAAGGUAACCAAGGCUGUAAUGGAGGAUGGAUGGACCAGGCUUUUACUUACAUAAAGGUCAACAAGGGUAUCGAUACCGAGUCUUCUUAUCCAUACGAGGGAGUGGAUGGUUCUUGUAGGUUCAAGGCCGCCAAUGUUGGAGCCAACGACACAGGAUUUAUUGACGUCAAGUCUAAAGACGAAAGCGCUCUCCAAGAUGCUGUUGCCAACGUGGGACCUAUCUCUGUUGCCAUAGACGCCAGCCACGAGAGCUUUCAGCUCUACAAAGGCGGCGUCUACCACAGCAUCUUCUGUAGUCAGACCAGCCUGGACCACGGUGUGCUAGCAGUAGGCUACGGUAAUUACAACGGCAAAGACUAUUGGCUGGUCAAAAACAGCUGGGGAACGUCUUGGGGAGAGAAAGGUUACAUCAUGAUGUCACGAAACAAGAACAAUAACUGUGGUAUUGCAACUACAGCCAGCUAUCCAACAGUCUAAGAAGAGUUUUCAUUACUUAGCAAGUACAAAAUAAAAUAAAAAACAAACAAAAAACCCCA